UGCGACACUGCGCUUUGUAAACGUCACCAAUCCACGUACAACAUCACAAUGGCGUCAUUAUUUCGCGCAUUUGCCUUAACAACACGGACAUGGGCUCGCCCAGCUGUUGUCGGCACCGCAUUCACAAAGGCUGCCGCCCCCGGCACUCCGCUGUUUGCCAACGCCGUCAACUCGAUUGUACGCACAUCGUCAAUAGUACAGCAAACGAGAGGUAUGAAGGUGCACAGCUCGGUCAAGAAGAGAUGCGAACACUGCAAGGUCGUUCGACGAAAGGCCGGCAAGAGACACAACGGCUACCUAUACAUUAUCUGCAAAGCCAACCCGCGACACAAGCAGCGACAGGGCUAAUGCACGACUGAUACAGUAGUCGCCGACUACGAAAAAAGAACGAUUCAUUGUACGAUUAUUCGGUGCAUAUUUGGGACAUGCAACAAAACCGUCACUUCUCGACGUCUUCCAUUUCUUUACAGGAUUAGCAGGGAGGAGCAAUGCCUUAGGUCCAUAUUGGAUUGAUAUUGGCGAGGAUAUAAAGGACU